AGCAGCACGAGUCUCGGGGACAUUACCGGUAGCAAACCGCCCAUCCAACCGUCGACUGGAGGCAGCUUGAGCGGUAGCAAACUCUCCUGUGUCUCUUCUACCUCCGUCGCCUCCUCUUCCGUAGCUGCUGCACCCAACACUCCCAACACCUCCGCUUCGCAUGUACAGCGAGGAAUGGGUGUUUCUUACGAGGGUUUGGCUGCCAACCCUGCUUACAUAAAUCCAAGCUCAUUUCUCCCUCAUGCCUUUCUCCACCACCAUCCCUACGAAUUCUACGAUAGGUACUUUAAAAAUGGCCUCCAACCGCCUCCACCUCCACCUUUGCCUCCACCGCCUCCUUUUCUACUGCCACCCUCACCUGCUUUGGCUGCCAGGAUGAUGCCAAACAUACGGUAUUCUGCACCGCCUUGUUCACAGGCUUGGAUGUACUCGGGGAAACCCAGUGCGGGUGGAGACACCUGCAAGGACGAUACAACCUCUUCCAACAUCUACGAGACACCCUACGCUGCUGUGGAUGUGGCAAGCGCCUCCAAAAUGCCAAAUGAUGCCAGCAGCGGUAAUGACAACAGUGGUGUCUGUUUCACAUCCUAUGGCGUCAUCAACACCACCUAUGGCAAUGAUGAUGGUUGUAGCCAUGCCAACCGCUAUGCCGGCCUUGGAGAGACACAGGCUCAAGCGCAGGCACAGAAUCGACCACUGAUGGAGUGGGUGGUAAAAAAACGCACCGACGGCACGAGAUACAUCACUCGUCGGCCAGUUAGAAAUCGCCUUACCAAGGAGCGUGGUGGUCAUCGCCAUGCGGAGGAACGAGUAGGUGGCACAACAGACGACGACGGAGGUGGUGGAGAGAUGCGAAGCAAAGGUGCUAUUACAGUAAGCAACCGGCAGCAUAGCAAAGGCAGUGGUUGCGAGCGCAGACGGCAGCAAGAGGGGUGCACGAGUUCCAAUCCUACGGGGCGGGUGGGUAGCCGAGCGCCACGCGGCUCUAGCGGGCACCGACAUCGGGGCACACCUACGCAGCAGUCGCAACAGCAGCAGCAACAACAACCGCCUGCUAGCAGCGGAGGCCUGGUUUCGCUCACCACUGUAUAG